GUGUGUGUGUGGGUUAAGGAGAGUUUCCAGAAAUUACUGCAAUUUGAAGGGUACUGCUGCAUUCCUAUCUCGAGGGACCAGUGCUCCAAACUUCAAUGGGAAAUUGUGUGGCUAGGGCUUAGAGCUCCUAAAUGUCUUGUGGGCAUCUCAUGACCUUGUUCUCUAAUCAUUAGGUCCAGAUUUCUUGUCAGUACUGGUGAUGAAUCUUCUUACACCUAGUGCCAUGUGGAUGAAUUACAAGGAUGAAAGUGAUGCAGAUCAUGCGGUAAACUUUGCCAGUGGGAAUAUACAUCUUAUAACUACCAAAGAAAGUUGGGAUGAAAAGAUAUCAGAAGCAAAUAACAGUGGCAAGUUUGUUGUGGUGAAUUUCAGUGCAUCAUGGUGUGGUCCUUGCAGAAUGCUUGCACCAUUCUACAGUGAGCUCUCUGAGAAAUACCCUUCGCUCAUGUUUGUUAUUGUGGAUGUUGAUGAGCUAACUGAAUUCAGCUCUUCAUGGGAUAUCCGAGCCACGCCGACCUUUUUCAUCCUUAAAGAUGGGCAGCAAGUUGACAAGCUUGUGGGCGCCAACAAGCCGGAGCUACUGAAGAAGAUAAUCAAAAUUGCAGAGUCGGUAACCCAAGAUCCAAAAUGAUUGCUGUUGAUGGUCCCACCUCAUCAUCAUGGGAGAGGGAAAUUUUGACUAUACUAUGAGUAUUUAUAUACUACACCUGCUUGUCUUGUAAAUCCACCCCC